CAGAAAUUUAUUGAUCUGUGGUGCGGAAAACAAUUUUGAUUAAAAUCAGGCAGACGUCAACCAGGUGACAUUGACAAGUGGCACGUUAAUAUAAAAAUAUUUUGUGUUCAGCCUAGUGAACAUGUCGUCCCGAGUAUUGCGCAAGCUGCAAAGCGACAAAGAAAAGGAACUUAUGGAUAGCGAAGUUUUGUCGGAUAUCGAGACGGACACCCCUGUCGGCGGCGCACGGCGUCGGCAGCUGAAUAUAAACCGCUACGACUUAUUAAACCAACAUUCCCACUCUGAGAGUGAAGUAAAAGAGGACGACAAUGAAACCGAGGCGGCAAAGUCUUGUGAGGGUAAUCCCGUGCACGAGUCGAUAAAGAAAAAGCGCAAGAAGAGGAAAAAAAAGUCUGGCAAGCACGUCAGCACACACAGAAGCAGCGAAGACAACGCUGAUAUGGACGAGGUGGAAAGAUCCGUACGAGAAGUAAACAGGUUACUGGGCGAAAACAUAGCGUCGUCCGUGGCCACUCAAUCUAGUCACAAACAGGAUAAGGCCUGCAAGAAAACUAUACUUUCUGUGCAGCACAAACACUUGAACCCUAACAAUGAGUUGAAACGGAUAUUCGGGUCCAAAAUUAUACAAUCUGAGCAUAAACGUAAGAACCGGAGCAGUUCAAGGGGGCAUGUGAAAACCACAUGGUUGGUGACUUGCAAAGAGAAUUGGCCGCAGGUGGGCAAGUCAGGCUUGUCAAUGUCUCUGAUCGAGACAAAAAAUAGCUUGCAGUACUUUGCAUACGAACACAGUCAGAGCUAUUGGCAGGUGGAAACGCGGUUUUUGCAAGCCGUGGAGAGUUUAAACCCCGAUAACAUAGUCGCGAUUAUAAACGAGCACCCCUACCAUGUGAACGCUCUCAUUCAACUCUCAGACUUGUGCAAACUGAGCGAAGACUUGGCCAUGGCGGCCGAGCUUAUCGAACGCGCUCUCUAUUGUCUGGAGUAUGCUUUUCAUCCCCUCUUUAACCUGGCCCAAGGGACUUGCAGGUUGGACUAUCGGCGGCAGGAAAAUAGGGCCCUUUACAUCACAUUAUUCAAACACCUGACCUUCUUGGGGGGCCGGGCUUGUUCCCGCACGUCGCUCGAGUUUUGCAAGCUGCUGCUGUCGCUCGAUCCCGACAAAGACCCGAUCGGUAUCAAACUGGCCAUAGAUUUCUACGCGCUACGGGCGAAAGAGUACCAGUGGCUCGUCGACUUCGUCACGGAGCUGGACGCCACCCACUAUCUGACGCAGCUGCCGAAUUUCGCGUUCUCGUUGGCGGUGGCGUAUUUCUACGUGGGCGACGUCGUCAGAGCUGACGGAAUGUUGCAAGACGCGCUGCUAAUGUUCCCCGGCGUGUUGCUGCCGUUGCUCGAUGCGUGCUCGGUACAGGUCGACGAUCGAGUCGCCAAGCAUGCGUUUUUCAACGGAGCCACGGAGAAAAGCUUUCCGAUGUCGCUAACUCAGCUGACCAAUCUGUACGUCCACCGCGGCUAUCAUAUAUGGAAAGAUAGCGACCUGCUGCCGUGGUUAGAAAAGAACGUUCACGAGGUGCUCGACAGGGUGGAGAGAAACGAACCAGUCGUGGCGGACUACAAGGAAAAGAGGGCGCGGAGAUAUGCGGGGCCAUUGCCGUUGAGCAUCUCGCGGCAUAUCAUCCUGUCCGACGACGUCAAGGGGAUAUCGCCGUUCACUGAAGAAUCCGGACCCAUAAUGAGGUUCGAUCCGCUCCCGCCUCCGGAUUCGAUCAAUUUGUACAGCAGGCCCCAAAGACCGACCACGGUGGUCAACACCAGCGCCAACCCUUUGGCGAUGUUUUUGGGUUCGCUGCUGCCAGAUUUCAACCCGAACCAGAUCAGGAUGAUCGAGGGGGAACCGGACGAAGGAGCGGGGCAAGCGAACGAGGACAGGGUACAAAAUAACGUCGAUCUCAGACAGAGCGUCGCCUCGUUGGUGGACGCGAUGAGGGAUCUGCUGAAUAUUUAUCGGCCGGACGUCCCGAACGACGCGGACGUCGAUGAAAAUGACGACUCGGCAGACGACGAUAUGACUUAAGGCGCGCUUCCCGCUCUAUCGGUGUUGUUAUUAAGUGAACGUUUUGAAUGUAUUAAGAAAGUUAUUUAAAGAAACAAAGCUUUAUUAUAACCCUGCCAGGUGGUUUUAUUUUAUCGCGGGAACCUGUGGAUGCAAUGGAAACCUCAAACUUUUGUUUUUGUUUAUUUUUAUUAGUAAUGAAUAAUAACUUAAUAUUUGUGCCUCUGUGUAGUUUUAUAAAAAGAAUAUAUUUGAACGACGAGGAUAAUGAAGAAGUCAAUGUAAUUGAAAACAUUGAAAAUUUGAAAUUGAAAUCUGAUGCCCCUUAUUAAUAAACAGUUUAAAUAUGUAUAUUUGAAAUUGAUAAUUAUCCCAAAAACUUAAUUAAUAAUAUGUUUAGACAGAAAAAUACUUAUUGAUAAAAAUGAAACCAUGGAUGCUGAGGCCGGGGUUCCACAGGGUUCUGUCUUGGGGCCGACAUUGUGGAACGUCCUAUAUGACGGCGUAUUAAACUUAGAACUUACUAGGGAUGCCGUGACCAUCGGAUUUGCCGAUGACCUGGCGCUUGUCGGCGCGGACUCUGACUAGGUGCUCAUGAGCAACACAAAUGAGUGUCUGGAGAGAAUAAGCUCUUGGAUGAAAACGCACAAACUCAUUUUAGCACCAGACAAGACAGAGGCAGUCAUUUUGAGGGGAAGACGUAAGCGAGAUCACAUAGCCUUCAACUUGGAAGGAGCGAGGGUGAUCCCUUCUAAAACAGUGAAAUACUUAGGCAUAACCAUAGACAGCAGAGGAAGUUUCAGAAAACAUAUUGACUGCGUAACUGUGAAAGCAGAAGCAAAAAUAUCCAGCUUAGUCAGAAUUAUGCCUAAUGUAAGAGGACACAAGAGCGAAAAAAGAGCAGUACUGUGCAGCGCUAUGCACAACAUUAUUCUGUAUGGUGCUCCGGUCUGGAGCGAAGUGCUAACAGUCAAGAAAUACAAAUGUCAGGUAGAAAGAACACAAAGAAAAAUGCUUUUGCGCGUGACAUCAUCUUACAAAACUGUAUCCCUAAAAGCACUGCAGGUUGUUGCAGGAGUACUACCAAUUGAUUUGAUGGUCAAUGAACGAAAGCACAUCUAGAAACUCAAAGGCGGAGACCCACAAAACAAAAAGGCUACUGCACGCGAAAAUGCACUAGAUAUCUGGCAACAAAGGUGGCAAAACGAGACUCUAAAGGCCCAAUGGACCAAAAAGCCCAUACCGAACCUGAAAAUGUGGCUAGAUUGCAAACAUCGUAGUACAGAUUACUACUUAACACAAGCCCUAAACGGCUGUAUUAGAGUUUACGCUAAGAGAUUUGGCAAGGAACACACGGACCGCUGCUCCGAGGUUGAUACCGCCCAACACACCCUGUUCGAGUGUUCGAAAUGGAGAGAGCUAAGGGAGGAAACAUAUGGUGCAAUAGGCUGUGCGCUAGAUCUAGAUUCCUUUGUACCGAAGAUGGUGGAAAACGCGGAAAAUUGGCGGGUUGUGAAAGAUAUGGUAAGAAGAAUUUUGAGCGAAAAAGAGAGAGACGAACUUGAAAGACAAAAACAAACAAACACUGCUGGUUGCUCCUGAAGAUAUGUCGACGACGGUUCCGGGUGUAACGACUGGAGCAACAGAGGGUUUUAGUGGGUAGUCCGAAACUUCGGAGAGUCCCACACUACCACGACGCAAACCGCCAAGCGCGUGGUGUGCAUAAAGCAUUUCCUCCUCAAAAAAAAAAAUAUCUUUAGUAUACGUGACAACAAAUUUUAUAACAAAUAAACUAAACAAAAUCAAAAUCCUAAAAGCAAAUAUAUAUCGCUACCAUAUGUACCUGGUUUAUUAGAAAAACUCAAAACCAUUUUCAAAGAACACAAAAUGCAAAUAGGACACAAAGGUUAUAAUUUACAAAAAACAUUUCUUCACUAAACUUGAAGCAAAAAUUCCGAAUGAAAAAAGUAAUACGUUAUAUGCAAUUCCAUGCUCUAAUUGCGACAGUACGUAUAUUGGACAAACAAUCUAAUAUUUAAAAAAUAACAUCAAUGGGCAGAAGUAUGACAAAAAAAAAAUAGCUCUUCAUACCCAUUGUGACAAGAACAAACAUUUAAUUUUCAAAAAGUUAAAAUCCU